ACACACUCAUCGAACCGACCGACCCGACCGAUUGACUAGGAACGAACGAAUCCAUCCAUCCACGCUACCCGCAACUCGGUAUGUUAUAAUUGCAUCGUGUGGGUGUGGGUGAGAUAGAGAAGAAAUACUACGUCCACGCACCGGCCUUACAGGCAACAACAGGGAACCAACCCAUUCCUCUACAAUCAUGUCCGGUCGCAACGUUACAUUCGCGUCCGACGUGAACGGCGAACACGCUUACGAAAAUAAUGAGAACGUUCACGAAGGAGACGAGGGGGAGGAACAAGUCAUUGGAAUGGCAGACGACGAAAAAGAACACGACGCUGCACACAAUCACGCGAGUGCGGAUACCAAUUCGAUACCCAAACCAGCCUCCACCAUGUCCAUCUUUUGUCCGAACUGUGGGAGCACUUCCAUCGAGCAGCACGACGCCAGCGGUGCGUCGGUGUGUACGGAAUGCGGAGUAGUGGUGGAAGAGAACGCGAUUGUCAGUGCGGUAGAGUUUGUGGAAGGCGCCGGCGGGGCCAGUUCCAUGGUCGGGCAGUUCGUCUCCGCCACGUCCAGCAAGGCCUAUACGGGAGGCCCCGGAGGAGGUGGACCGGGGGGAGGUGCCGGAGGCCGCUACGGAUUCAGUCGGGACAGUCGAGAAACCACCCUGGCCAACGGACGUCGACGAAUACAGGAAGUAGCCUCGCGCUUGCGACUCGGCACACACUUUGUCGACGCCGCCCACCGAUUGUUUACCAUUGCGGUGGAGCGAAACUUUGUGCAGGGUCGUCGGACCACACACGUCGUCGCCGCGUGUUUGUACAUUGCCUGUCGACAAGAAAAAUCGCAACACAUGCUUAUUGAUUUCUCCGACGCCCUGCAAGUCAACGUUUAUACACUAGGCACCUGCUUUUUGAAAUUCCGUCGCUUACUCGGUCUCAAACUAGAAAUCAUUGAUCCAGCCUUGUACAUUUACCGUUUUGCCGCACACUUGGAUUUGGACGAAAAGGCCAACGCUGUGUCGCUCACAGCCUUGCGUCUCGUCGCGCGCAUGAAACGCGACUGGAUUGUCGCCGGUCGCCGCCCCGCCGGCAUUUGCGCCGCCGCCCUCCUCAUCGCCUCCCGUGCGCACGGAUUCUCCCGACACCACCAGGAUGUUACCCGAAUUCUCCGCGUUUGUGGAUGGACCGUCACCAACCGCGUCAAGGAGUUCGAACACACGCCCAGUGCGGCGCUCACUUUGGAACAGUUCCAGAAAGUUGAUCUCGACGUGGAAGCGGACCCGCCCGUUUUUCGACGCAACAAAUUCCGGGAAGCCCGAGCCAAGGCCAUUCGCCAAGGCAACGUGGAAUUGCUCGAGUCUGAAAGCGGACCGCUGGCGACAACCGGACCCGUGGUCGACGGUGACGGUGACGGCCAACUAGACACGGAGAUUGGUGCGGGAGGUAAGAUGGGGGCGAAAAAGGUGCAACUGCAGACCUUGUACAAAUCCUUGGCCAAGGAAUUGUUGCCAUCGGAUGCGGCCCAGAAACAACGGCCGCCGUCGGCCCCGACGGAAACGCAGUUCAACUUGUCGGAAUGGAAGGCGGGCAUGCCCGAUACCAUGGAAGACGAGUUCGCGAACAUUUUUCGCGACAACGAUGAAGAACGCGAGAAGGAAGUGAUCUUCAACAAGAUCAACAAGGAUUAUUUGGUGACGCAAAAGCGGAAAGAAUCGGAACGUUUGUCGGUGGAAGCGUCAUUGCUGGAUCGGGAAAAGACGGACGCGGCGCAGGCUGAAUCGUCAGCACGGUAUAAUACGCGAAAGAAGAAAUCGCGCAAGGCGGAUGGGAGCAUCAUGACGACGGAAGAGCAGUUGCUGGCGGCCGUGGCGGCGCGCAAAGUGUCGCGUAAAAUCAACUACGACGCGUUGAGUUCGAUUUUUGACGAAGACGGGAGUUUUUCUACCGAUGUCGUGGACGAUACCGGCAAUGCGAGUGUCGCUACGGAAGAAGGCUUGUAUUAGUCUAGAUGCAGUUGUAUUGGGUAGCUUGGGGCAAAUUCUGUUGUGAUUGUUAGUGUUUGUACGUAUGCAUGCAUGCGUGUGGGUGAGUUUUGGGUUGCCAGGAGUGCACUUCAGUAUUUCAUUUGACA